AUGUCGCGACGUCUGCCUUCUUCACAACGUCGCCAUCCGCCGUUAGAUAACAAUCCUUAUCAAGCUACAACAUCUGCAAUACCGCCAAAUUCUCACCCUCAAACAUCAACACAUCAUCACGCUCAUCAUCAUCAUCAUUCAAAUCACUACAACAACCAUACUAACCAAUGCCAAAAACAAUGGCGGAACAGUAUACGCAAUAGUUACCGAAAGUCACCCCAAACGACAACGAUAGAUAUCGGAUUUAGUGAUGAUACAACUGACACCCAAGGCUAUGAUUACUACUACGAAAAGAAUGGGUUUCAGCAUAGCCCGUUGCGAGAGUCCAGGAAUACCGACGUCACGUUCUCAGAUGACAGUGGUUCCACCAGAUUGCCAUAUUUUGAAUUUGAUGACGAGUCUAACAAAAGAUACUCAAGAACUACGGCAUCGGAUAGAAGUUUUAAAAGACCAAAACCAUCGCCUGAUAGACGGCCCAAUCAAACUCUAAACCUGAAAGAUUUGCGAAAAGUGUAUCCUAAUCCAGAGCCCAACUGGGAUCAACUAUAUCAAGAAAUACCAACUCCAUGUGAUAGCAUACCUGUAAAUAAUUUGCCUAGGGGGAUACCUACUAGAUCAUCUGACAGACCCCAGAGUUCUAUGAGUUCAGGUGUUACGAGUGCAAUAGUUCACGGCUGUGGUGGAAGGUGCCAAACUUUUGAGAACGUUUGUUAUUUUUUCCUACAAUUAAUUUUUACCAUGGGCAUCUUGAUAGGAGUAUCAUUGUAUAUAGCCGGCAUGGUGCUGAGGAAAUCUGCGGCUCGUAAUUUACAAGUUCUCAUGUACAUAGGAAUUCUUCUUAGUCUUGUUUGUGGACUAUUGCUUGGCAUUCAGUACGAUGCUAGAAACACGGCUAGAAAGAGAAAAAGAGCUAUACAAAUGGCAAAAAGAGCUCCUAUUCCCAUGGAAAAUUUGCAUUUGAGGAGUAAUCCUUUACACCAACCAGUUGCGGGAUGGAAUGUUUCACUUAGCAGGAGCUCCCGAUUGCCACAAGUCCACUCCAUCGAAAAUCGGCCUUUACCUCUCCGACCUACGGAAAGGAAUUCUCCGACUAUUGAAGAACCAGGUAUUCCGUGGUGGAGACGAAAAGAUCUCGCAUCGCAUUAG